AUGCAGGACAUCGAUGAAGGUCGAAGGCUGCUCAUGGCCAGCCAUGACGCAGAAACAAUCUCUUGUUCAGGUGCAUCUGGACACUCAAGAGACAUGCAAAAGGAGCUGGACGAGUGGCGGCAGCAAAGAGCCAGGCAAGGUAAAGCUAAGGAGAGCACCUUAGAGAGAAGCUUCACCGCUAUCACGCCGAAAAAGAUGCAGAGGAGGAUUCCCCUCUCGCCUCGAUGCAGCGUCGACAGCUCGUCCAUAACAGUUCAAGAGCGCGACAUGCGCAAGGAACUGCAGUCCUGGAAGGAGGCCAGAGCAAGGCAAAGCAGAGGCAAGGAAAACUUGUUUUCUCAGCCAUUUCGAGGGUUGAAAUCCCAGCGGCCGAGAGCCACUGACAUGCGUCGGGCGUCUAGCCCUGCUUCACCCACGGACCAAGGAUGCUUGAUGGGGAGCCCGGGGGUCUGUUUGGGAGGGAGCGCUGUUGCUGCAGCCAUCGCCACGUUGGAACCUCCCUUGCUGCUGGCACCACCGCCUUCGCCCACCGCUCGGACCGGCUCAAACUGUCCUGGCCUGAGGGACCGGACCCUGCAACCCAGCGUGCUGCAUGCUGCGGUGCUGGCGGCAUUCUCCGUUGGUCCCUCAGAGGUGCCGGAAGAGUUUGCCAGUCAAUCUUCAAUCCAAAAUUGCGCCAGCAGCACCACGGCUGGAGCUUCCGGUGCCAAGGAGGUGGACUGCAAGGGUGCCCAGACGACCUUUGUGACGCAGACUCAAAUUGGCGAGGAUAAGGGCAUGGGCUGCAAAGAGGAAGAGGAGGUGCUGCAUCAGCAACACCUUGCUCUUCUUGACCGUCUUGCAGAGUUGCAGCAGCAAGCGCUGAGAAUCCAAGAGGACACGCACGGUGCGGAAGGCGAAGCGGAGCAGGUGUUGCGUGCUCGUUUCGAGCAAGUAGCCAUGGAUCUCCAGGAGCUGAAUGGGCGUCAGCGACGGCAGGAGAUGGUCAGCUGGCGACAUCGCGUUCGGCGGCACGUGAUCUCCUGGCCGGCACAGACAGCACUGGACAUGGAGGAUCACCUUAGCCGGGCGCACGACCUCUUCACUUUCUGGUUCUUCGAGAUGCGCGAACGCAUCAAGACGUUGCUGGACUCCAAAGUCUCCCAGAAGCCUGUCUCGCUGCCGCCCAUUUACGAGGACUAG